UGCAGGAGCUUAAAAAGCCGGAGGGCUGGCAGCGUGGAUCGCUGAAGGGGAUUUAGGGUGCAGUUGUUGUUGGAGUCUGCAAUUGUAAUCAGCAAGAAGAGGAAAAAUGGUUGAAGCAUUUCUUGGGAGUUGGAAAUUGCAAACGAGCGAAAACUUCGACGAGUACAUGAAAAAUCUCGACGUGAGUCUGGUGCAAAGGAAAAUUGCUGCCACUGUAAAACCCAAGACUAUCAUUUCUGUGGACGGCGACGUAAUCACUAUAAAAACCGAGAGCGCAUUUAAAAGCACAAACAUCCAAUUCAAGCUGGCCGAGGAAUUUGAUGAAACCACUGCAGACAAUAGGACAACCAAGACUACUGUGACAUUGGAAAACGGCAAACUAGUCCAAACGCAGCGGUGGGAUGGAAAAGAGACAACACUGGUUAGAGAAUUGCAGGAUGGCAAACUGAUUUUGACUUGCACCAUGGGUGAUGUGGUGUGCACCAGAGAAUAUGCGAGGGAACAGUGAGUGAUGAUGAACAAGGAAGAUGAAUUCCAUUCAAAACUUCCAUUUUGCUGCUUUUUCUACUGGACCUUCCUGUAGUAUUAUGCAUCAUUAGGACUGUUCUGUCUUCAUGGCAUUUGCUGAGUAAAGUCAACUUUGCAAGUUAAUGACACUUUAACAAAUAUAGUGCCAGGUUGUUGUCAUAACAGUUUGAUUUAACUCAAUACUGCUAUUGCAAAAGGUUUGUUUAUCUAAAUAACAAAUGGACAGACUGUCUGGAAAGAAAAAUGCACAUGUUUAGUUUUUUUAGUCUUGUAUUACUUUCCAAUGCAUAUGUUUUGGACUAAAUGCAUUUUUCCUCUUUAAAAAAAAAAGUGGUGUGACUAUUCAAAUGGUGUUUAAUUAUGUCUGUGUUUGUCAUACUACAAUGAUAGCUUGCUUUACAGACUACAGAUAGUCUGUUGUCUGUCUGAAAUUUUGCUGUUGUAUUUUCUUUGAAGGAAAGAGUGCCUUUUUCUGCAGUAUUGAGACCUUUUGAAAUGGUGCAGCCUUUGGAUAAAGAACAGCCCUAUGUACAAUGAGUGCAAAGAUUCAAAUUUUGGCAACUAUAAUUAAAAAGUGUGUACUACA